AUGAUUAAUACUAACUUGGCUCAAAUAACAGUACAGAAUCAACAAUCGGCCGCUAGGACUGCUGAUAGUUAUUCACAAUUAACUGGUACAUUAGCAGUUAAUAAUGAUAGAGAGAUGGAGCAUCAACAAGGAGUUAUACAUUCUGCUGAAGAAACGAUAGAGGGUGCCGAGAAUGAUGUUGAUAAUGAUAUUAAAGUUAAAGUGGGUGAUAAGGAGAAGUUACUGGUUAAAUCACAAUCAGCGAUGAAGAGUAUGUUGAGUGGAUCGGAAAUGGACUUUGAAAAUGCUAUGACAAAGAGUCAUCAAAGUGUAGAAGCUAUGAAGAAUACAUUAGAAGGGCGAGUGAAUUCCGAUAAGAAGAUUACUGAUGAUGAUGUUGUGAGUAUGGAAGAAGAAUCCAAAGGACAAUUGGAUAGAUUAAUAGAAGCCGAAGAUUCAGUACAUGCCUCCAUGGAAGGUUUACCUGAUAUCCAAUCUGUAGUAGGCAAUAGCUAUGAAGGUGCUAAUGAUGUAUUAAAGGAGAUGAAAGGAUUAAAGAAAGAUAUUACAAGUCUAAUGAAUCCACGUAAAGCCUCAGAAGAUAAUAUGAAGCAUGCAGUUAGGGGUCUUCAAUCAUCAGGCAGUGGUGAAUUGAAUACUAUUCAAGGUAUUGAUAGUAUUAAUAUCAAUAAAGCACAAGGAGAAUUACAUGAAGUGGUGACGAAUUCUGAGGAAGAGAUUGAUAAAAAUAUGAAGAAGCAAUUAUCUGACCUCACCUCUGCUCAUGGCUCAUCCAUGAAUAGGAUUAAAGAUAUUCUUAGAGGAUCAGAAGUUGAUGAAGAUAAUCAAAUAGCAAUGACAGGGAGGAUGCGUGAUAAUAUAGCUGAUGUGGAAGGAGAUGAGAAAACUGCUAAGAACAAUUUCGGUAAGAAAAUGUCACAGAGCAUUGCUCAAGAGCGUUCUAAGAGUAAGAGACAGUAUGAAGAUCAGCUUAUGAAAUUAAAAGGAGAAGAAAAAGAAGCCAAGGAUUUGUUAUUCAAGUCGGUUCGUACUGCUACUAAUAAUCUAUUAUCUGGUGGUAAAGCUAAUCAAUUGGAGAUAUUACAUUCUAUUGAUGGUCUACUACGGGGAUUAGAUAGAGUUCAUAGUGAGGAUAUUAAAGAGGAUACUGCUAUUGGUGAUGCUGUAUCAAAGUAUGACAAUAUUCUACCUCAGAAUGAAAGGGAAAUAAAGGGUAUAGAUGGUGAAUUAGAGAAUGAGAAGAUGAGACUUAAGAACGAGUUUGAUGCAUCAGAAAUAUCUUUAACUAAAUCAUCUUUAGAGAGAUCAAGGAAAGCUAAUAAUACCAUUAAAGAUUUGGAAAAGGCAAUUAAAGGAUUGGAUGUUGAGGUGGCCCGAUCAAAAGAUGUUAUGAUAACAUCAGCACGAGAAGGAUCUACUUAUAUUGAUAAAUUCAUUGGUAAAUUGCGUGAUAUCAUGAUGGCUGAUGCUGAACUUGAUAAAAAUGAUUAUAGACAAGGCUUAUAUGAUAUGAACAAUAAGUAUGGUUCCCUUUCUAAAUUCACAGAUAAGAGAGCUAAGGCAAUAGCUGAUAAUAUGGAGAAGUUUGGUAAAUCAUCAUCCAAUCGUCAGGAGACUCUAGCAAAUACAUUAGCUAGAGUUGUUACUGAUGCUGAACGUUUGGGAUUAUCAGAAGAGGAGAUGCAAGAAUAUGUUAAGAAGAGACUUGCAGAGGAAGCUAAUGUGACAGAAGAACAAUUUGAACAAAUUCAUGAUAUGCUCGAAGGCGAUUUGACGGGAUUCCGUGAUAAAAUAAUAGAAAUGAAGCGGAAGGCUGAUGAUGAACUAUUUGCCGAGAAUAAUCGUAUUAAUAGAGAUGAUAGCUUACAAAUGGGUAGAUUGGCUGAUCAUGCUCAAAUGGUUGAAGCACAAGCAUUAAAAGCUGGAAAUAUUAUAGGAUAUAAUUCUGCUGCUGGUGGACGAAGUUAUAGAAUACUUAAUGGACAAGAAGCAAUAAGUGGCAAUAAGCUCAGGGCUAUGAUGCAUGUUGCUCAGUAA